AUGGCUAGAUCGAGAAGAUAUGCUGCAAACCCUCCUUCUCCUGCUGACCAAGCUACAAACCAAGCCGCUGCUGCAGCACAGGCAGCAGCAGCUACUGCCUCAGCUGCACCUCCUCUUGAAUACCAAGGGUUGUCAGAGUUCAAAAAGAAUGAUCCUCCUCAAUUCACGGGGGUGGAUGGACCAGAUACUGCUGAACUAUGGAUCAAGGAGAUUGAGUGGAAGGUGUUAUAUGCUACUUAUAUGCUGACAGGGGAUGCAGAGAUGUGGUGGCACAGAGCACGUGCUAUGCUGGAGGCCCGAGGUGAAGUCAUCACUUGGGCUGUAUUUAGAAGUAGUUUUCUGGGAAAGUUUUUCCCUUUUCAUGUUCGUGCUGCCAAAGAGCGGGAGUUUCUAAACUUGGUGCAAGGAAACUCAUUAGUCUACGAGAUCACGGAAUUUGUUGACUUGGUGGAUCAAGCCACCAUUAUAGAGAGUCUUAAUGCAGAGGAUGUUGGUGGAGUUGGGAAGGCUCCAUCUAGUAGAGCUGCUAGUAGCUAUGGUAAUGGAAGUAAGGGUGCUAAGAAGGGCCCCUACAGUCGGUGUGGUGGGCCACAGUACCUGAACCAGUGCCCACAGACUGAUGUCAGAGUUUGCUUCUCGUGCCAGCAGCCAGGGCAUCUUGUUAGGGACUGUCCUACACUUAGUGGGGCAGUUUCGUCUUCUGCUAGCGCCUUGCACGCUGUUAGGCCUAAAGCGACUAGGGCUCCGACGACAACCAGAUCAAGAGCAGAAGGACGUGUGUUCACUACUUCUGCAUCAGAGGCAGCUCAGGCGACGGACCUCGUUCAGGGGACAGCUGUAGUGGCAGGACUACAUAAUGUUUUCCAUGUGUCGCAACUAAGGAAGUAUGUUCCUGAUUCAUCUCAUGUAAUCGAGCUUGAUGUUAUGGAGUUACGAGAUGAUUUGUCUGUGGAGGUCCCAGCUGCUCGUAUCGAGGACACUAGAGUUAAGGAACUUAGAGGCAAAUCUAUUCGAUACCGGAAUGGGUCACUUGCGGACUGGCUCGGUUCCUUCUAG